CCUCCCACCGCCCCCUCUCCUCCUCCUCUCCAUCUGACUCUCAUCCAGCACAGAGUCGCCCACACCCCGACAUCCGUUUCGCCCUCCCUUCAUUCAGGCGUAUGGAUGAAACCCUUCACCCUCUCCUCCACCGGUGAUGACGUAGUUCUGUGGCCGCUCCCAGACGCACAUGCCUCGGUCAAGUUCGAAAGUGACCUGCGUCAUGAAGAGAUGGAGAACAUCAGAAGUGUAACAGUCGGGCUUCGCUUUCUGAACUUCAAUAUGGACGAAUUCCGCGGACCGAGUUGUUCCACUGUACGUAGUUAGCGAGCCGGACGUUCAAGAUGCUGCUUCUUUUCUGGAGGUUCUGGUGCGUGUGGGUGUGCACCGAGGCGGCCGCAUCUCAUCUCCACUGGAACCGAACAAAGACGGCGUUCACCCUGGAUGAAUCCACCACUCAUGGCCGGGUGGAGCGCAGAACUAGCGAGCGGGACUCUGAAGGGGAACCUCGGUCUGAAACUUUGGCUCCUCAGGUUCCUGUCGGUGACGCACCGGCGCGUAAAAACGCAGCGCUGCUUUUACGCGGGGAAGACGCGACUGAAGUGCAGCUGAACUGCAGUUGCAAAUCUGCAGAUGGUUGUUUAAAACCGUGUCAGAGAAGAAGGCUGAGGCUCAGCCUGCGCAAGAGAGCAAGAGAAAAGCGCGGAGAACCGCCGCAGGCUCAGGUUCUGCCCGCCGCCAUGGCCCAGGAGCAGGACCCCGAGGUCCUCUUCGGUCUGAACAUCACCGACUACGAAGAGGAAUACAUCCUCCCUGACUUUCCAGACAGCACGCCGUUCAUCCCGCUCGACCCGCGGCCCAGGCGCAAGCAGGUCCGGAACCCCUUCUACCCUGUAACGGCGGAGUCUUACGGCGCGUACGCGGUGAUGUUCUUCUCGGCGCUCAUCUUCACGGUGGGAAUUAUCGGGAACGUCUCGGUCAUGUGCAUCGUGUGUCACAACUUCUACAUGAGGAGCAUUUCCAACUCUCUGCUGGCCAACAUGGCGCUUUGGGACUUCACAAUCAUCUUCUUCUGCCUGCCGCUGGUCCUCUUCCAUGCGCUCACCAAGAACUGGCUCCUGGGAGACUUCACCUGCAGGAUCGUCCCUUACCUCGAGGUUUCAUCCCUCGGGGUCACGACCUUCACCCUCUGUGCCCUCUGCAUUGACCGUUUCCGUGCAGCCACAAAUGUGCAGAUAUACUACGAGAUGACCGAGAACUGGGCCUCCACCACGGCCAAGCUGGCGGUCAUCUGGGUGGGUGCGCUGCUGCUGGCGCUUCCCGAGCUUCUGAUCCAUCAGCUGGUCAGGGAGGACGGGGACCUGCCGGACGUCACACCGCGUGAACGCUGCGUGGUUCGGAUCUCCACUGAGCUCCCGGACACCCUGUACGUUCUCGGCCUCACUUACGACGGGGCGCGUCUCUGGUGGUACUUCGGCUGCUACUUCUGCCUGCCGACGCUGUUCACCAUCUGCUGCUCGCUGGUCACGGCGCAGAAGAUCCGGCACGCUGAACGCACCUGCGUCCGCGACACUAAAAAGCAGAUCCAGCUGGAGAGUCAGAUGAACUGCACGGUGGUGGCACUGGCCAUCCUCUACGGCUUCUGCAUCAUCCCCGAGAACAUCUGCAACAUCCUAAAUGGCUACAUGGCUGCCAGUGUUCCCCAAAUAACCCUGGACGUCCUGAAGCUGGUAAGCCAGCUGCUGCUGUUCUGCAAGAGCGCAGUCACGCCGGUGUUGCUCUUCAGUCUCUGCCAGCCCUUCACGCGGGCCUUCCUGGACUGCUGCUGCUGCUGCUGUGACGAGUGCGGAGCACCACGCUCGCCUGCCACCGCGUCCAGUGAUGCAGACGACUGCGCCACCACAGAGAUGGAGCUGUCGCCCUUCGCCACUCUUCGCAGGGAAGCAUCUACUUCCACGUCCUACGCCAUCGGUACACACUGCUGAGGUCAGCAUCACAUUGGACUGCAGAAGUGACUGACUAUAGUUUUCAGAAAGAAGACAGUAUUAACCGUAGCCACUACCUUAGUAUGUGAAGUAACACCUUCUGAACACUGCAGGAGCUCCAAUUGUUUACAAAGACCCCCCUUACACCUGCACUCCAUAUGAACAUUCAUGUGAAGCAAAAAAUAAAAUGGCACUGCUAACUGAAACCAAUAUUCAGCAACAAAAAAGUAACGAAGAAGAGAGUUAAACCCAUAAACCCAGUAAUAACAAUGAAUAUGGUAAUAAAGUAAUCUUAGUUGCAAACAAGAAAGUAGAUACAACAGCGUUUGCUCUGCAGGUCUCCAUGCGCUAUGGCAUCCGCAAGGAGAGACAAAGGUUUUCUCUGAGUUUUUGUUGUGAUUUUUUUCACUUGGCUAUGUGAAAAACAGCUGAUAUACUGAGUGAGAGUAGAAAAAUAAUUUGGGCUGAGACCGAUAACAGCUUUCUGAAGCAAACAAAGAGCCUUAAAAUUGAUUCUUAAAUGCACAGGAAGCCAGUGCAGACACUGGUAUGAUGUGCACUCUCUUUCUAUCAUGCCCACUUCCUGGUGAAGGUUUGGACAGCUAGUGCCAACACGAGGUCACCAACAACAAAAAGCACACAGGGACCAAGUCUAAAAACCAUCUAAAAACCCCAUUAUCAUGUUGUAUUUACAGUUAUUGUACCAUUGUUCAUCAUUAUAUGGAAUGGAUCGAUAUCAUUUAUCAUCCCUUAUAAUGUGUAGUGUGUUAUUUCAGAAGUGUGCACCAAACGGAGGCAGCCCUUCGGGGGACCUGCGAGACUGAGCAGCUCUUGGUGACCCCUGAUGUGGAGUGUGCAGGAGUAUACAAGGGUUUUUUUUCUCUCAUCUUAGCGGUGAUGUAAGACAUUGUAGUACAUAUGCCCGGCCUGUUGGCGGUGUUGUCAUGUUGUAGCGACAAACAAAUAAAGACGAUGACAUUGCACAUCUCAAGCCAUACGCUUGAGUGCUGUGCUACAUUAGCAUAGCAACCUGUUCACACAAGUGUGGAUGCACGUGGAGGUCGAGCUGGCGAGAACCCCGACGAAUGUUGCAGCCAAAUUCAGGGGUGAACAGUAGAAGCUGACGGGGAAACAAGCGUGUUGGACCAGUAUUUAUUUUAUGGUUUGUCUAUUCAAUGUGAACCUGACAAAUUUCAUUGUUCUGUUAAUUGGCUCUUUACUCAUCGGACUCGACCAAUGCCAUGCUGUUUUACUAUUAUUUUUAUUUAGCUGUGGUCAUCGCACAACGCACUACAGCAGCGGUGCCUCGCAGCAAAUCAUCAUGCGAGUCAUGAGAGAAACUCAUUGUGUUCAUGCUUAGGUGCAUGUUGUUCCUGUCCAGCUCCAGCAGCAGGUGUGAAGGAUGUGAAGGAUCUGAGGCACCGCUUCUCGAUGUUAGUCACAAGUGUAAUACUUGAAGCUGCAGCAGGUGCAAGUCCGGUGCGAUGCUCUCGAGUGAAUGUCCACACUGUGUUUGUCACCACUGUGUCCUCCCGGUGUUGCCACUGAAUGAAGGGAAUGAUUUAUGUCAUUGCUGAGUCAUGUUCCCCUUUCAAAGGAAGAAUGUAAUACUUAAUACCUGAGCAUUGUAUUCGUGUUUUGUUAGUGAUCAAUAAUUCAAGUUCUUUUUCUCUUUAGAUUGUUUUUAAUCAUGUAGAAGUUGGAAAACUGUUGUAGAAAUAGGACGACACUGGCUCAUGUUUAUUUAAAUCUCCGUCACAUACAAUCAAUGUUUUGUUUAGUUCUGUGAAUGAUGCUGUCUGUUUCAAAGUCCAGAAUAUUUUUCUUCCGUAGUGGCGGACGAGGAAGGAUGAAUUAAAUUAAAGAGAAAAAAAAUGUAUUGAUCCAUCAUGUUAUUAACUUGGGGACUCACGGCGAGGCUCCUUCUCACCGCCCACUGUUUCAGGUUGUCGCCAAUAUUCGCCAGACUUCCGAAGCCUGGCGAGUCUCUUUGUCCCUCCACACAUCCACCACUGUUUGUGCAGCUCCCUCCCUCACCGUUACGAACCAGUCCUGACCUCAGAAACCUAAUAAUUGUCUGUAAAAGUUGGGAACAAUUUGUCAGUUUCCUGCAGUGUCAUGUUCUCGCUCCUGUCAUGACCGCUCAGUCGGGUAGGACACAGGCUGCUCUUGUCCCGACCAGCCGUCGUCAUGACGACAGAGGGAGUCGGACUGUCAGCUGGCGGAGACUGUGGAGGGACGUGACUUGUUAAUGGCGAAACAAGUUGUCAGUGUGUGCUGUGACCCGAUGUGAUCUGGACAACAUUUCUGUUCGCUCAGAAAAACAUCAGCUGCUCCACAGAUAGUUGUUUGAUGGAACUAGUGGAACGGCGUAGACGCUUUGAGGUCCCACUCCUUUAGAUGUCAGCGAAGUUCAUGGUCUACAUUGCUAUCUUUCCAAAACCACACUGAAUGUAUCAUUUCACUUUGGUGUGACAACAUAUAUACAGCUAUAUUCCCUGACAUGAAUUCAGAAAUGUUUUCAAGUCAGAGGAGGGUCACGCCUCAAAAUGAAGACUCCUCACCAUAUCUUUGAAUUGUCCUAAAUACCUCAACACUAUUCAAGCCGGGAGGCUUUAAGUUCGGUUUGGAGCGCUCUGACAGAGAGUGGCCAACC